UACAAAUCCGCUACUUUUAGAGCGUCAGCUCGCUACUUUCCGCAACUUAGAUCUGGCAACCCUGGUGCUCUGCACAACAACACCGGUGAGAGAUGUACAGGGCAUGUCGUUGAGGAUAUACAAUAAAGGUUUUCGGCGGCUUCUGAACAAGUGGCCAGGGAAGAGAACACUUGGUGUCUACAGGUUCUUGCCCAUCUUCUUUGGCUUAGGGGCAGCACUGGAGUUCUCCAUGAUAAACUGGCAUGUUGGAGAAGUCAAUUUCUAUCGUACGUACAAAAAGCGACAAGCGGAAAAACUGGCUGUUGAGGAACUUCGAAACAUUGAACUAAGGACCUAAGAUCAAUACUGUGUAUGUGCAAGUUAUUUAUUCAAGUAUUAGAAACAUUGAUUUUUCUACAAACUGUGAAAGACAGUACUCUUCAAAAAUUAUUUAUACAGUACAAUAGGAUACUGUACAUUAAGUGCAGAUUGGCAUAAAUUCAGGAAACCA